AUGGAAGCAGAAAGAGCAGGAGAAGCCUUAGCCAAAUUGAUGCGGUUUGUAAAAGAAUGUGAGGAUAUUCCAAACGAUGAAAGCAACUACAAGAAUCAAGACAAAAAGUGGUUGACGAGGAGAGAAGAGGAGCUAGUGGAAUUGCUCAAAAAAGACGAUUUCUUUCCAAUUCAAGAGCCUGGUGGGCGAUUCUCAUCCACAUUUUCUAUCCAUUAUGAGCUCCGUAGAGAUAACCCGUGUACAAAUGUACGUUUCACUGAAAUGCGGAGGGAAAUAAUGGGAAUAAAAGAAGUUCAACAAAAUAGUGAGGUUACACAUAUGAUGAAAACAUCCCGUACUCUUUUGCCGGGUUUGAGGCAAAGGAUCGAAAAAAUUGAACUCGAUAAGAUUAAUUGUUCAAAUCUCAAUCUGGAUAACGGUCCGGGCAAUGGUGAAUGUCCCACUGACCCCCCUCCUACUACAAUACGAAAGAAGGAAAAAAUCGUGAUAGAAAUCUUUUCUGAUGUGCCUGAAAGGGCCAGGAUGACUGAGUUUCCUAAUAAAAUGCUACCUUCUGUACCUGAUCUUAUUCUUUUAAACAUCCUUAUUUUUUCUGAAGGCAUUAAGGGUAAAGAUGCAGAUGAACUUUCUAGGAACUUGAGUGCAAAGUCAUACAACAAAGGUCUGCUUGCAACAUGUGUUCCACCGGGAAUGUCUAAGUUCGAUAGAAUAAGUCAGUUCAUUCCCAAGUUCCGUUUGACACAAGAUAUAGCAAAAGAGCAUGAAAUUCUCAAGAAAAAUCAAAAAAUAUCUGGAUUCAAAAAAUGGUUGAAUAAGAGGAGAAAAAAUGUUUUGUGCUUAGAUAAGGGGACGAUAGUUUACUUGAGUUGCACAAAUUGCAAAACAAACUGCAAAUAUGUGCUAUUAGAUGAGUUGUAA